GUACAACUGAGCUCAGUCUCACCCAGGCUUAACAGACGCCGCCAUUGCCUCCUGCCGUGACCUGGAGCUUCAUUGGCCAAUCAUACGAGCGCAGCAUCCUGCCGCCCGGUCACCAUCGACACAUAAAUAGCACAAGGGGUGCAAGAUACUGAUCCUGCUGUAAGUUAGAAAUCAUCAUCUUGACUCCAAUAUUAUCCUUGCCCAUCAACAUGAGUCGCCAGCCAAGAAUCGACUUACUCCAGGCCGAAGUCGACGAGAACGACCAAAGCUUCUUUCGCCUUUUGGUUGACGGUCGAUCUAUCAAAUACAUUACUAUUGAACCUGGCAUUUACAGCGCUGAGGAUAUGUGUUUCGGUCCCUCACUAAUCUCCAUGAUGCCUGAGCUUCCCUCGGGGAAUUGGAACGAUGGGUUAAUCGCAAAAGAUCCAAACGACGAUCGACCGCAAUUUGCAUCCGUCGACCUGACCCAGUUCCCGGGGGUUCAAAACACCUGGCAUGAAACUUACGUUGACUACUUGGAGUUUUCAAUCGGACGGAAACUACGAACGGGCAUUUAUGAAGCCAGGUGUUCCUUGUUCGCUGAGACUGUCGUCGCCAAGUUCGCCCGUUUCCCUUGGGAGAUUGGAUACAUUGAGAACGAAACUACAGCAUAUCAAUGGAUAUCCAGUCAUGCUAUCGGGCCCCGAUUCCUUGGCCAUCUGACAGAACAUGGCCGGGUGGUUGGGUUCUUGAUGGAACAUAUAACCGACGCGCGGCACGCUGGUCCUCAGGAUGUUAAACCUUGCAGAGAGGUAUUGUCUCGACUACAUGAUUUAGGGAUUCGACAUGGCGAUACAAAUCCCUUUAACUUUCUUAUUCGCGGUUCGAAAGCUACGCUGAUUGAUUUCGACACGGCUCGCAAAUGUGACGAUCGCGAUGUGCUCCUGCAAGAGAUGAAGGAUCUAACUGCAUGCUUAAAGGAUCUCUCUGGCAGAGGCGGCGGCGGUCUUCUCUAACAUUGGCAUCUUCUUUUCCCCCUAGAAACAACUUUGUGCUUUCGUAUCCUUGGCGCUUGUUAUCCUCCUGGAAUUGCAAUUCAAUGGGACUGUAAUGUAGUUGACUUUUCACUUAUAGUAUGUUGGGUCAACCUAUUGGCCAUCCUUUCGUGAAGGCAACCCGAGCUAAAAGAUUCCCUAAUGUGCGCACUCCACCAAGAA